AUCUUAUGAGGAAUUAAAAAAAAGGAGAGGGAACAAUGAUGGUAAUCGUCUUUCAUCCAAAGAUUACAAUGAAGUGUUCAAUGAUAUUGUUGGCAAGGAGUUUAAAGCACGUGGAUACUAUGAUGAUAAGUACUGGAGUCAAGUACAAGUUUCUCAAGGCAGGUGACAAUUAUGACCAUGAGUGUACUGAUGAUGACAUCUCUGAAAAUUAUGUUUCCAUACAUACUGAUGGCAUCCAUGAAGACUCAGAUGCUGAUGUGAACUCUCCAACAAUUGAAGUGCAGGCCAACCAGCAACAACAAUCUGUCUAUGGAAGUCCUAAACAAACUGAAGUCCAUACAUCUACACCACAUGAGAAAACAACUUCAAAGGAGGCACAACCUAACGAAAAUGUAAUCAUGAAUUUAUCAUGUGAUCCCAUAUUGCACAACAUGAGAACUCGAAGGACUAAAGCCUCCAACAUGAGCAUACCAGAAUCAAGACAAGAGGAAGUCUAUCUUAUUUCACUAAUAAACAAAGGCAGAGUUGUAGCCAAAGGGAGGUUAGUGACUACUGAUAGCCGAAGAGAGAUUUUAGGAACAAAGCUCGGAACAGAAUACUGGGGAGUUUAUGUUAAAGGCCUUGAGAAUAUUGAGCGUGGCAAUAUUGGAGAUGAGGAGAUACCUAGACAAUUUGAUCAGAUCCGUACACUAAUUGAUGCUAUUGGCUAUGUUAUUGCUUGGCCAAGUACACAUGUGAAGAAAGCUAGAAGUUCAUCUCGUACUCGCAACAAGUUGGUAUCUGCAGCACAGGGACAGAGCUAGAUGGGAAGCAUAAUAGAAAUUUCAAAGUGAACAAGAUAGGUUUUAGUUAAAAGAUAUUUAAAUAAUAUUUGUAUGAUAUUGCCACUUUGUCUAUGCUUCUUUGUGAACACAAUUGUUUGUUUUGUGAUGGACAUGUUGGCUAUCGAUUUAGUCAAAUCCUUGAUGUUUUGUCAAGGGCGAAUGUAAUACAUUGAUGGUUUACUUUUCAAUUUAA